AACCUAACCAAGUAACCAAUAGAUUACAGCACUAUUUUCGUAUAAAACCUCUAUAUAAAUAAAGCCAAUAUCAUUCUCAAAGAAGAUACUAAUUUCAACUCUCUUUCUCUCACAAACCGAAAACAAAUUCCAACAUGAAGAAGACCUACAAGUUUCAAAGCCUCUUCUCUUCUCUCAUCUUCCUCAUAAUCCUGCUAUCGAUUUCGAGAGACACCGCCGCCACCGACUCCGGUAGUGUCUGCCGUCAUCCGCCGUCACGAAACAGCUGCAAGACAUGCAUGGCGGAGCAAAUGAAUUACGUUUGUCCUAAGUGCGUGCCGGUGCUCCGAUGCAUGGCUCGUUGCCUUUGGGGAGGUGUGAAUCAGAGGAAAUGCACCACCACGUGUGGUUGCGACACCACGGCCAAGCCCUCGCUGUUCGAGUGUAAACGCUGCGUUUCCAGGUGUAAGUGUAGUUGUGCGGCUUAAGAAACACGUAACAAUCGACUUUUUUUAAUUAAUCUCCUCUUGAUGUUUGGAACUUGGAAGUAAUAAUAAUGUAUCAACUGCUGGAUCUUUUGUAGUUUAACCUUUAUAUAUGUUAUACAUGUUGAUUAAUCCGUACA